GAUAGGGACCUGAGCUACGACGAUAUCGCCAGACUCAAUCCCUUCUAUGAACCAUUCAUGAAGUUCUGGACAGGCUCUCCAACUAGUGACACGGCUGUUCCAUUCGAUGCUCAGUCAUCCGCCUCGUCGGAGUACAUUCCUGUUGGAAUUGAAUCAGAUCUGUCACCUCGCCACUCACCUCCGUCGCCCGUGAUGCACCAGUCCGAGUUUGACGACACAGUCUGCGUGCUGGAGGCACCGGGCAUCACACUUCACAAUGGCCGUGGACACCAUAUCGGCUACCAUCCAUACUCUGAGCCCGAAGUCAGCCAGACGGUCAUGAUGAGGCUCAGCCCUAGCCCUCAGCUGUCUCCGACUACCGCAGACUUGACUGGUGUUUCGCUGGUUGGGAACCCCCUGAGCGGAAGCAAGCCUUCACACAAGAAGCUUUUCGGCGAGAACGGCUGGCUGGGGAGCAACGCAGAUCUCAGAGAGCUGGCGGGUGACAACCACAAGUCUUUCGGCUUGCGUAGACUGGGGAAGAAAUUCAAGAUGCAUGUUGAAGACCUGACCGUUGACCUUUUCAAGGUCAACCUUAGCAUCCAUUCCUCCGGGCCUAUGCCUGAAAGGUAUGGACCUGCAAGGACUGUGCCGGUUUCUCUGGAUGCUCCGACCCAAGCAAGACUGUACUCGCAGCUGGAGGUUAUGAUCUGCGUCGUUGCCAACAGGUUCCUCGUCGAACAACACAAUAGAGGUCUGCUUUCCGGAGAAUCCAUUUCCAAGGUCACCAACUACUGGGCUGCAAAGAAUCGGCCACGAGUCGUGGAGUUUCACUAUGAUCAAGCUACCCAGCGCCAGCUGAUCUUGUCGAACCUUCGGACUGUUCAAUUCAACGGGUCUAGCGCGACCAACCCCGUACAAUUGAGAACGAACCUGAACAACUGGAAAGCGAUCGGCAAAGAGAUGAGCGUUCGCACUUUCUGCGCCCCGGACAGCGCGAUUCGGAAGCAAAUGUAUGACAUCCAUAAGCUUCUGGAGAUGCUCGGAGCGCCCCUGGAUACUAUGUGUGACUUCGAAGAGUUGCAGAUGCAGGCUUUGUUGUUGAUGAAGCGCGGCUGA